AUGGUCAGCAAAGAGACGGGUCCCGUCCCGUCCCAGGGUGCGGAGGGCAGCCAGGAGAAAGCCAUGACGGUGCGCUCAGCGCUGCUGAAGCGAGAUUCACCUGAUGCCCAGGGCCACCUGCAGCGCCGCCGCCGCCACCGGACCCAGCAGGUGCGCUUCAAGGACCCGGUGGAGAGCCACCCCAGCCAGGAGGGCCCCUGCAACAACACCCCAUGUGCCUCCACAGCCCCGGAGUGGGUGCCGCCCUGUGCCCGGCACAGCUGGCCCCAGGCCAAGCCUCACCUGCUCCCCCUGCCCACUGCCCCCCACAAAGCCUGCCUGAGCACCGCCAUCCAGACCUCACCCAGCCUCCGCCGGCCCUCCCGGGUCACCCCCUUUGCCUGGGAGGAGGCGCUUGGCCGGGGAGUGGGCCACAGCCAGGAUCCGCCCCCAUGGGGCUCCACCAGCCUUCCUGCACACAGCCCGCCUCCUGCCUCACCCUGUGCCCAGCAGGGCCCCAAGGCUUCUGUCGCCCUGGCCCCCCACCUGCCGCCACCUCCACCACGGUGCCCUGGCCCGCCAUGGCCUGGCCACAGACAGUGCCUCCAGCACAAGCCCUGUUGUGCCUCCUGCCAACCCCCUGCCAGCCCCCCGGGAGCCCUGUGGCCAUGCUCCCCCUCUCUGACCCCCGACCCCACUGAGCAGGCCUCAUCAGAACCCCCCUCUCCCCCACGGCGGCAGCUGCCCCGUGCCCCCCGCCCCGUUGCUCAGGGUUCCUUCCGGGCAGCGCCCACACCUGCCUUUCUGCUCUGGUACCCAGCCCGUCUGCUCCCACCCACGGCCCCCACCACAGGGGAGCCAGCAACCUCUGUGGCCUCGCAGGGCACCCUCCUCAGCACCGCUCCGGCCCGGCCCGCGGCUGCUGAGAAGGACAGGCAGCGCUGUCCCCAGGGGCCGCCUGCCUGCCUCCUGCUGCCAAGGCCGCCGCACUGCAGCCGUUCCCCCGAGGCCUGCCUCACGCCACGGCAAGCGGAGACUCUGCGCCAUGUCCAGGACCUUCUGCAGCUGGUGGCGGGGGCUCCAAGGCCUCCGGGCCCCUCGGGGGCGGAGGAGCCUUUGCCAGCCUCUCAGGACCCUGCCGGGGAGGCGGGACACCUCCCCUCCCAGCUGCAGGCUCUCGAGGGGGUGCUGGAGACCAGCCAGCAGACGAUCAAGGUGCUACUAGACGUGAUCCAGGACCUUGAGAAGAAGGAGGCGCAGCGGGAUGGGCGGCAGUCGUAUCGGACGGGGCAGGACACUGCCAACUGUGGGACAUGCCGGGACUGUGCUUGCAUCAUUUACAGCGUGGAACACGAUUUCCGACGACAGGAGGGGCGUUUCCAGCCAGUGCUGAGCACCAUCGGGCUGGAGCUGAGCCAGAGCCCCACCACCACGACGGUGCUGCGCGGUGCCACACGAAGCCGCCAGGAGCCUCCGCCGACUCCAGGACUGCCUGCGAAAGCCGAGCCUCAACGGUCCUGGCGGAGGUGCUUCUGGUUCCUGUGA